CAUCAUAGCCAUUUGUGAUCAAGAAUGUGAACAUCUCAUGGAUGCGAAGCGAUUGAUGGAAUCAUACGACAGAUGGAUGCAUACGGAUGGUGAGAUACAAUACCUGGAGUGAAUGAGAGAGGAAGAAAAAUCCUUCGGCAUCCCCUGGAUGAUACUUUAUUCGCCCUCGCCGCUUGCCCAAAAGUUUUAACAGUCACCAAUUUUUUUUAUUUUUUUUCGGCCAGCCACUACGAUUUCGCUGGGCUAAGGAAUACUGACUUUUUGCACAAUGAUACGAUAUGCGACAUUUUAUUCUACUUCAAUUCAACGUCACAUAAGAUGGCUGACGUUUGUUACCAAUUACAUUUUUUUUUAUCUAUCUCUCACUGAAGUUCUUAGGACUCUUAGGUCAUAUGCCACCUCGUCUUCUCCAAAUUUCCCUAGAUGACCGAAUUGAUUGGGUCAAUGGGAAUCUGGUGUGUCCUCCAUUUGGCCCAGACUGCACAGAUGUUUAGAUCUCCGUCUAUAUAUUGCCCAAUCAUAGACAAAUU